AUGGCUGAGGAGUUGAAGAAAGAGCAGGACACCAGCGCUCACCUGGAGAGGAUGAAGAAGAACCUGGAGGUGACGGUGAAGGACCUGCAGCAGCGUCUGGACGAGGCCGAGAACCUAGCCAUGAAAGGAGGCAAGAAGCAACUGCAGAAGCUGGAAGCGAGGGUGCGGGAACUGGAGAAUGAGCUUGAAGCAGAACAAAAACAUGGUUCGGAGUCGGUGAAGGGUGCGCGCAAGCUUGAGCGCAGAAUGAAAGAGCUCACGUAUCAGUCCGAGGAGGACAAAAAAACCAUGAUGAGGCUGCAGGAGCUCGUGGACAAACUCCAGCUGAAAGUCAAAGUGUACAAGCGGCAGGCCGAAGAGGCUGAAGAGCAGACCAACGCUCACCUGACUAAACUGAGGAAGGUGCAGCACGAGUUGGAGGAGGCUGAGGAGCGAGCGGACAUCGCCGAGUCCCAGAUCAACAAAAUGAAAGUUAAAAAUCGCGACAUGGCCAAGGACCUGGCAUCCACUUAUGCAAGAGUUCGGGUCUUAGGAGGUUAA